GUGAAGACAUAUUUGUAAGAACCACAAGUGUCCAGGCCAGGAUACAGGGAAAUAGACACUCCAGCAGAUUGAUUGACCUCGUGCCAUUUCCUCAGGUCCAGCAGUGACAUUGAGAGAGGACCGCAUGUCCUCUCUUUAUAUAGAUUUGUUUUUUAAAAAAGGUUUCUUUUGUCCGGGACAGUUUGUUGUCGUGAGAUACAUCAGACAAUAUAAUCAUGGGGCAAGCUGACGUCUCCAGACCGGUAAAUCCAGAUGCAGUAGAAGAAGCAGGCCAGCUCACUGCAGACUCAGGCAUGGUCAUGGACAGUGUGGAAGCCGGAGACACUACACCUCCCACCAAAAGGAAGAGCAAGUUCUCAGGCUUCGGCAAGAUCUUCAAACCCUGGAAGUGGCGGAAAAAAAAAAGUAGUGAUAAAUUUAAAGAGACAUCAGAAGUUCUAGAGCGAAAGAUAUCUAUGCGAAAACCGAAAGAAGAGCUGAUUAAAAGAGGGGUUCUGUUGGAGGACCCUGAGGAGGGUGAUGAGGAUUCAGGGAAGUUGAACCAUGCCAUGCUAAAGAAUGGCCAUACCACCCCCAUUGGAGUUGCCACAUCUGCUAGUGCCAUCCAAGUAGAAGAAGAGCCCGGACGAAUAGCAAGUCUUAGGAAGCCUACUCCAGAAGAGGACUCAAAGAAACGACUAGGCUCAACUGGAAGCCAACCUCAUUCUGAAGCAGACUCUGUUCCUGAGAGCAUACCCAAACAACCUUUACUUCCCCCCAAACGACCCCUGUCCUCUUCUCAUGAAGCAAAUGAAAGGCAAGCAAAGGAUGCCGCUUCCUCCAGCAGUGUGACAAGACCCUUCUCUUCCUCCACCUCUGCCUCCACCACCACAGCUGCUGCCACCACUACUGCCAUAAACCUAGCAAAGACUGUGACUCCCUCUGCCACCCCUUCUCCAGCACCCAGGACUCUGUCUGCUGUUCCUACCAGCACUAACACUACUGCUACCCCAAGCCUGGCCCAUUCAGUCCCUGCUAAGCAGCCCCCUGUUCCUCCUCCUAAACCGGCUCACAGGAAUAGCAAUCCUGUCAUUGCUGAACUGUCCCAAGCAAUAAACAGUGGUACAUUAUCAAAACCAUCCCCUCCCUUACCACCUAAGAGAGGAGUUCCAUCAACCUUGGUACCCACCUCAGAGUCUGUUGCUACUACUGCCAUCACAAAACCACCAAGUGAUCAAAGAGAGAAGAGUACAUGCUCUGUGGGCUCCAUACCACUGCUGAUGAUUCCACCUCCUUCUCCAUCCCCCCCGCUGCCAACUCAUGUGCCUCCAGAUCCCCCACAGUCCCCUCAAAUUCCCUCUAAGACUUUUCAGGUUGUGCCAGAAAUUGAGUUUCCACCUUCUGUAGAACUACCCCAAGAGGUUUCCCAGCAGGAAGAUCAGAAAAAGGAAAUACACAAGAGGAUGUUGGAGCAUAGCUCUGGGGAGCCCCAUGCACCACCUAGGCUGCCCUCACUUCCACUGCAUAUUCGAAUCCAGCAGGCCCUGACUAGCCCACUGCCUAUGACGCCUCCCUUGGAGGGCUCUCACAGAGCUCAUUCAUUGCUCUUUGAGAACAGUGACAACUUUUCUGAAGACAACAGUACCCUGGGUCGGACCAGGUCACUUCCCAUCACUAUUGAAAUGCUAAAAGUUCCAGACGAUGAAGAAGAGGAGGAGCACACCCACCCACCUACAUUCAGUGAAGAGCUGGCACCUACCUCAGUCACUCCUGAACUACCACAGUGUUUGCAGGAGGAAGAGAAGGAGAGUGACUCUGAUUCAGAGGGUCCCAUUCGGUACCGAGAUGAAGAGGACGAAGAUGAAAGCCAAAACAGUGCUCUGGCCAAUAAAGUGAAAAGGAAAGAUACACUGGCAAUGAAGUUGAACCACAGACCCAGUGAACCAGAACUAAACCUGAAUUCAUGGCCCCGAAAAAGCAAAGAGGAGUGGAAUGAAAUACGACACCAAAUUGGGAACACACUGAUCCGUCGCCUGAGUCAAAGACCAACACCAGAAGAACUAGAACAACGAAAUAUACUACAACCUAAAAAUGAAGCUGAUCGUCAGGCUGAAAAACGAGAGAUUAAACGUCGUCUUACUAGAAAGCUCAGUCAAAGGCCAACUGUGGCUGAACUACUAGCCAGGAAGAUUCUGAGGUUUAAUGAGUAUGUUGAGGUAACAGAUGCGCAAGAUUAUGACCGACGAGCUGACAAACCUUGGACCAAACUGACCCCUGCUGACAAGGCUGCCAUAAGAAAAGAAUUAAAUGAAUUUAAAAGCUCAGAGAUGGAGGUUCAUGAAGAAAGCAAACAUUUUACACGCAUACUCGCAGCAUCCUUCUUCACCAGCCACCAAAGUUCUGGGCCCCGUUCAAGGCCCCAGGUUCAUUGGCUGUACCCCCAGAUGACUGCCUAUGCUCAGGCACAGUUUGCACCAUCAGCCUUACCUGCCCUGCCCUGGUUGUGA